GGGAUCUCCAGCAACCAAAAGCAACUAACUGAAAACUCGAAUUAAAAUCUAUUUGGUAAAUUUUGCGUAAUCAACAAGUUACAGUCUCUUACCCCUUCCGAGGCCCGGCCAAAAGCGGAUUGGGGCCAAGCUCGGCAAAGUGGCAACUGAAACGACUGCCAAUCUGCGGCAUGCUACCUUCAAAGGGAAUCGCAAAUUGAGGACUACAGCGCGACUCCAGGUGGCGACAAACAAAGUGCGUGGGCGCAGUUUUCCGGUGUUUUGAUUUCGCUUUUCUGGCCCCGAAAGUUGCCAUUAAUUUCCAGAACUUUAAACUCUUCCUCCGCCUCCGAACCAUAAAUCGUUCAAGUUGUGUCCCGACUUCACAUUUCGGUUUGCGGUUCUUAAAAGUGCUUUCCGAUUUUGAAUUUGUUUAAAAACGACUGAAAGUUUGAGAGAAAAGUUAACUUUAACGAAAUCCAUCAACAUGGCGAUGGAAUGGAUAACCGCGAUGGACAAACGUCCCUGCGACCGGAACCUGCGUGAUGUGGAGCUGAUCUCGUGCCGCUUGCGUCGCGUGGAGCCGCUGUGUCGCCUCCCCGGCUCCGCCCUCCAGCAGCUGGCCAUGUGUGGAUUCUACGAGGACCUGGAGAAGGGCGUGACACUUUUUCGGGCCGGGGAGCAGGGUCGCUUCUGGUAUGCGGUGCUCGGCGGGUCGCUGGAGGUCCGGUAUCACGCCCAUGCCGAUGCCGAUGGCAAGAGCUCAGUUACCUUGUGCAACCUGGGAGUGGGUGCCACUUUCGGGGAGUCCGUACUUCACGACUUGCCACGCGACAGCACCGUGGUGACGAAGACGACCUGCGAGCUGCUGCGGGUGGAGCAACAGGACUUUCGACUCAUAUGGGAGAAAAACAAGGAGUUGAUGAAUGACAUUUUCACCAAUUGCAAGCUAAAGAACGGUUUUGGUCCUGGCGUGCAAACAGCUGCCGCAGCCACAUCGCCCACCAAGCGCCCCCUCAGCCCGGACCACCCCAACCCGGCACUGCCCAUCACAGAGACGCCGAGUCCUGCUAUGAGCCGCAUGGGCUGGGCCCUUCGCACCCUACUCGUCGCCGACAACUCCAGCUGUCUGAAGGAUCGCAAGGUCUCUGGAAAGUUAAUACGGAAGUGCGCCCCCGGCACCGAGCUCGUUGACUGGCUGGUCAACCUCUCGCCCAUCGUUCACACCCGCGCCCAGGCGGCGGGCAUGUGGCAGGCCCUCGUCGAGGAGGGAGUACUCUCACACGUCAACAAGGAGCAGCCUUUCAAGGACAAGUGCUUUCUGUACCGCUUCCGUCUAGACGAGGAGGGCGGAGCAGCAGCCGCAGGCGCCCCCCAAACGGAGGACAUUGGAGCAGCCAACGAGCACAUCCGCGAGGCUUUGAGCGCCCUAUUCCAGCGCGGCCCGGAUGCUACGCUGCGCAUGAUAUUGCGAAAGCCGUCACACGAACGAACUUCUGAGGAGCUGGAACUGGUCUUCGAAGAGCUGGUCCACAUCGCCGCCCUCUCGCACCUCUCGACCAGUAUCAAGAGGGAGUUGUCCUCGAUAUUUGUGUUCGAGGCUCACGCCCAGGCGGGCACAAUAUUAUUCAAUCAAGGGGACGAGGGUCGUUCCUGGUACAUCUUACUCAAGGGAUCAGUGGACGUUGUGAUACACGGCAAGGGGACGGUGGCCACCCUCAAGACCGGCGACGAUUUCGGGAAAUUGGCCCUGAUAAACGACGCCCCCAGAGCGGCCACCAUUGUGCUGAAGGAGAACAAUUGCCACUUGCUGCGCGUGGACAAGGAGCACUUCAACCGGAUCCUGCGUGAUGUCGAGGCCAACACUCUGAGACUGCAGGAGCACGGCAAGGAUGUUUUAGUGCUGGAGCGCGUGGCAAAGCAGCGAGGACAGCAUUCGGCAUUCAAAUACACCGUCAUGUCGGGCACGCCGGCCAAGAUGCUGGAGCACCUGCUGGAGACGCGACUGGGCCAGUCGGUCGGCGGAAUGGACCCCUUCCUGGACGACUUUCUGCUCACGCACAUUGUCUUCAUGCCCGUCGUCCAGCUCGUUGAUGAACUGGCCAAUUACUUCCAUUGCGACGCCCACGAGGAGGCCCAGACACCCGAGGAUCGGGAGUACAUAAUCAACUUCAAGAAGCGCGUCAUCCUGUUCAUGCAGAAGUGGGUCAUGGCCGUGCGCCACGCCGCCUUCGAGGAGCCCAGCGUCUGCGACUUCAUCGAGGACCUGGCCGCCGAGGUGGAGGCCGACCCAGACCUCAACGAGGAAACCAGCAUUGUGCACAACGUGCUCACCCAGAUGGCGCGCUACCAGGAGGACCGCAACCAGAACGCCGGCCAGAAGUGGAAGCUGCCGCCCAACGGACAGCCGAUCUGUCUCUUCAGCGGCAAUGCGACGCCCUCGAAGACAGUAAUUCGACCGGACGAUGACAUCAUCUUCCGGGUCUACUGCGCCGACCACACCUACUGCACCCUGCGAUUCCCCAUGCACACCACUGCGGAGCUAAUCAAGGCCUGUGCCGCCGACAAGCUGCAGCUGAACCGCGGCCCGGAGGACCUCGUUCUCGUGGAGGUCAAGUCAAACGGAGAGCGGUCCGUGUUCAAGGACAACGACGUCAGCAUACCCACGGGUCUGACGCUCAACGGGCGGUUGUUUGUCUCCGUCAAGGAUCACCUGGAUGCCCUGACCCCCCUGCAGGAGCAGGAAGGCCCCACCGAGGGCGUGGACAUCGACCUGGAGAUCCUGAGCACCAAGGAGCUGGCCUACCACAUCACCCUGUUCGAGUGGGACCUCUUCUGGGCCGUUCACGAGUACGAACUGCUCUACCACACCUUCGGACGACACCACUUUGGCAAGAUCACGGCCAACCUGGACGUCUUCCUGCGUCGCUUCAACGAGGUGCAGUACUGGAUUGUCACCGAGCUGGUCUCCACGCCCAGCCUGAGCAAGCGUGUGGGUCUGGUCCGGAAGUUUAUCAAGCUGGCGGCCUACUGCAAGGAGUACCAGAACCUUAACGCCUUCUUCGCCGUGGUAAUGGGUCUGUCGAACAUGGCAGUGUCCCGCCUCCAGCAGACCUGGGAGAAGAUCCCGUCAAAGUUCAGGAAGAUCUUCCAAGAGUUUGAGGCCCUGAUCGACCCCAGCCGCAACCACCGGGCCUACAGGGUCUUCGUGGGCAAGCUGCAGCCGCCACUGAUCCCGUUCAUGCCGCUGCUGCUCAAAGACAUGACCUUCGCCCACGAGGGCAACAAGACCAGCCUAGACGGGCUGGUGAACUUCGAGAAGAUGCACAUGAUGGCCCAAACGAUGCGCACAAUUCGCUUCUGCCGCUCCAGGAGUCUGGGCCUGGAGCCACCGUCGCCGAAGAGCGAGGGAGAGGUGCGGUCGUACAUCAGCAGCUUCCGAGUCAUCGACAACCAGCGGGUGCUCACCGCGAUGUCGCAGAAGGUGGAGCCCACCCGGAAACUCUAAGCACCCAUUAUCGGAUUAGCCCGUAGCUUACCAAGUGUCUAGCCCCGUGUGUGUGUUUGUGUGUUAAUCAAACUGCAAUUAGCUGCACAGUUAUGAGCUUAGCCGGGUUGUCUUGGCUGGUUGGCUGGUCCCGACGGGAUGCCACUUGGCGGCCCUCAACCCGAGCAAACUUUCAUCCGCAUCCGCAUCGGCAUCCGCAUUAGACUAAGGCUACUAUGUUUCCAACAGACGACCCAACCUUCUAAUGAACUGAAACCCAAUCGCGUUUCGAUGCAAACGAGAAACUUUUGCUUUAGUACAAAAACGAAUGAUGGAAAACCAACUUGACUUGACGAAACUUGGACGAGUGUGAUACUAAACAUUUAGAGGAGGCAACAUCAAAACAAACCCCCAAUCUGUAAAAUUUCCCAAAAACUAUACUAUCUAUAUACAAACACACAUUAAAAUACCCUUCGCAGCCUAGUUGAUAGUUUGGAAUAUCGUACAACGUAGCCGAGAGCGUCUAUUUUUUUAAAGCCCCUAAAUUAGAAGCAACUACUAAUCGGUCUAGUUGACACUAGUUAUACCUUGUAAACUACCUAGAGUAAGUAAUUUAAUGCAUAUUUUAUUUCAAAUAUGGGUAUCCAUUCAGUUAUUGAGUUAUCUUAAGCAACGCUAAUAAACACACCUAUUAAUAUUUAUUUAAA